CAGAGGUUUGCGGCUCUGUUUCACGUAUCGCGGACUCGUCACUUGAGCCGUCGGUGCGGAUUCCCCCGUGUGACACUGUUCUCUCUCAGGGCGGGCGCCGAAUUCUGGGGCUUCACGCGCCUCGGACAGACGCCGGCGAUGCCUCCCCGACCCACAGUUAAGGCCGUGGCGGAGGCCUUGCUGGUUGGGGGGCCGUGUGCUGCCCCUCUUCCGGUCAAUGCAGAAGCUAACAAAAACAAACAAAUUGAUGCAAAAAGCACCUCUCUCAGUCUUGAAAAUUGGCUCUCUGUUGGCUGGUGUUCUCCUUCAGAGUUUAGCCCUCCUAGCAAGACAGUCAACCCAAGUGAUCCUGAGAGAGACGAUGGGAAAGGGCUGCAAGGUUGUGGUUUGUGGAUUGUUAUCUGUGGGCAAAACUGCAAUUUUGGAGCAGCUUCUUUAUGGGAAUCAUACUAUUGGAAUGGAAGAUUGUGAAACAAUGGAAGAUGUGUAUAUGGCUUCAGUGGAAACAGAUCGAGGAGUAAAGGAACAGUUACAUCUUUAUGAUACCAGAGGCCUACAGGAAGGUGUGGAGCUGCCAAAGCACUAUUUUUCAUUUGCUGAUGGGUUUGUUCUUGUGUACAGUGUGAAUAACCUUGAAUCCUUUCAAAGAGUGGAGCUUCUGAAGAAAGAAAUUGAUAAGUUCAAGGAUAAAAAAGAGGUAGCAAUUGUUGUAUUAGGAAACAAAAUCGACCUUUCUGAGCAGAGACAAGUGGACGCUGAAGUGGCCCAGCAGUGGGCAAAAAGUGAGAAAGUGAGACUGUGGGAGGUAACUGUUACAGAUCGGAAAACCCUGAUUGAGCCGUUCACUUUAUUAGCAAGUAAACUUUCCCAACCCCAGAGCAAAUCAAGCUUUCCUUUGCCUGGGAGGAAAAACAAAGGGAACUCUAGCUCUGAGAACUAAAAAUCAGUAAUUUCAUUAAUUGCUUGUUGAAUAGUGACUGCCUUCAGUAGCCUGUGAUCAUAGAGUAAGAUUACUGUGUAAAAUAGGCCAUUUGUGUCUAUUCUUUGGUCCUUAGAAAAACCCCUAAGGAAGUAAUUUAAAGCACUUUAGGUUAAAAUUAAAGCUUGUAAUUAAAACUGAAAAAAAUACAUAGGCUGCAUUUAUCACUGCCUGAUAUGAAAUGAGAUAUAGUCUCAUUCCCAUUGUUUGAAAUCUGUCCCUUUGUUUCAACAAAUAACAAAUAACUUUUAUUUGUUGCAGUUGUUAAAACACUAAAAUAAAGCUUGGGUAGUA